AAACAAGUUUAAACAAUAAACAAAAAAGGUGCGGAAAAUUGCAAUAUUUGAGAAUGAAGCGUUCAUCAGAGUCGAGAAUGGCCAUGCAACUAAUUGGUGACUGUGUAGUCCCAAGGGCACUGGCAACUGCUAUACAACUCGACCUGCUCGAGAUUAUGAAGAAAGCCGGUUCCGGCGUCUUUCUUUCGCCGCCGCAAUUGGCUGCCCUAAUUCCGGCCACUAACCCGGAGGCCCACCUCAUGAUUGACCGGAUCCUCCGCCUUCUCGCCGCCGCCAACAUUCUAGAGUGCAAGCGGCCCGACAGCGACGGCGACCGCUUCUAUUCUUUGGCCCCAGUGUGUAAGUUUUUCACCAAGAAUGAAGAUGGUGUUUCCAUGGCUCCUCUCUUGCUCUUGAGCCAAGACAAGGUCUUCACCGAAACAUGGUAUCAUCUAAAAGAUGCUAUUGUGGAAGGAGGAAACCCAUUUCACAGAGCCCAUGGAAUGAGUGUAUUCGAAUACUCUACUAUAGAUCCGAGAUUUAAUAAAAUAUUCGAUGAAGCUAUGUCGGGACAUUCCAACAUGUUCAUGAAUGAGAUUCUUGAAAUGUACAAAGGAUUUGAGGGAGUGAAAUCCUUAGUGGAUGUUGGUGGCGGAAUUGGAUCUUCACUUAAGAUCAUCCUAUCCAAAUAUCCAUCUAUCAAGGCCAUCAAUUUUGAUUUGCCCCACGUCAUCCAACAUGCUCCAUCUCAUCCAGGGGUGGAGCACGUUAGUGGAGAUAUGUUUGUUAGCGUGCCCAAAGGAGAUGCUAUUUUCAUCAAGUGGAUUUUGCAUAAUUGGAGCGAUGCAGAUUGUUUGAAAGUCCUGAAAAAUUGCAAGGAAGCCCUUCCAGACAAGGGAAAAGUGAUAAUCGUAGAGUCCAUUCUUUCGGAAUUAAGCCCAAAUAUGGACCAAUCAGCGAUGACAGAUUUUGCGAUGGACUUGAUGAUGCAAAAUUACUUCCCAGGUGGAAAGGAGAGGACAGAAGCGGAAUUUCAAGCCUUGGCAGAAGCUUCUGGUUUCAAACAACUUCGAAAACUCUGUUGUGUUUUCAACACUUGGAUCAUCGAACUCUACAAAUAAAUUUCAUAUAUGCACCCAUGUUUUUUCUUUUUAUAUAUGUUUGUAUGGUUUGAAAAGUAUCGCAUAAGAGCCAAAUUUGUCCCAAACACAUGCCCGAAUAAUCAUAAACCUGUUUAGAAGUUUGAACAAUUUGUAUGAAUUUUAUGUCGUUUGUUCGGAAUAAUUCAAUAUACAUAUGUGGUUCAGACUUCA